AUGAAUUAAAUGGAUGGAUUGAUUGAAGAGAAUACACAAUUAAAGAAGGCCAUUAUAUCCUCAAAAGCUGUCAUAUCGAGGAAGAUAAAUGAGUUUGAAACUCUACAAGCUAUCAAUGAUGAAUUAAAAUAACAAGUUGAUAAGUUGAAAUUGGAUAAUAAUGAAUUGAACCAAAAAUUUAGAAUUGCACUUCAUGAAAAAAAGUAGACAGAAUAAUAAUUUGAUAAUGCCAGCAAAAAUUGGAAAUUGUUGAUUGAACAAAAACAAAGAGAAUUAGAAGAUAUCUAAAAUAAAUUGAGUCCCUCUUUUGAUUAGGAUAUGAUCAGAAUUAAAUUGUUAAACGAAUUAGAAAUACCCCAUAGAUAAUAACUUGAAGUUAAAUAGAUUGAAAUUGAAAAGUUAAAUGAAGUUAUUUAUCAACUGAAAAGAAAUUUGGAUCUUGAAAUUGCAAAAGUUGAAACAACAAAAUUAGAAAAUGCUAAAGAAAUUAAAUUACUUCAAGAUAGAUUUAAGUUGGAUAUGUCUGAUUAAUAACAUUAGAUUCAAGAACUUACAAAAAUAAUAGAAGACAGCAAGGAUAGAGAUGUAAUUAGGAGACUAAGAAAAGAUUUAGAUGAAUAUAAAUUAAAAUUUAAUAAUGCAGACAUUGAAAAUUAAGAAUUAAGAAAUGAGAGAGACAAGAUAAGAGAAGAGAAAAAUGAAAUCAUGAUUAAAUUUGCCAGGUAAAUAGAUUAAGAAAGAAAUGAUAAACGUUAAUAUAAAAGUGACUUUGAUAAAAUAUAAGUGAGAACCAGAUUUAUCGAAGAUGAAUUAAGAAAGGAGAAGCAAAGAAGGGAGUAAGUGUCUACUGAUUUUGAAAUUAUGAAAACAGAAAAAGAUUAAUUAUUAACAGAAAUAAGAAAGAAGGAUGACACCAUUCAUUAUCUACAGAGAAAAAUCGGAGAUAUGGAAGAAGAACAAUUAGAAUAAGAAUAAAAGGUUUAAGAUAAGUUAACUCGUCUUUAUUAAGAUGAGCACGAUAAGUAUUUAUAAGAGAGAAAUAAAGCAGUUACAUUGUAGAAAGAUCUUGAUAAUUUAAAAAAGAGGUUUAGUGAUUUACAAGAUGAUUACAAAAUACUAAAGGAUAGAUACUUAAAGGAAAAUAGUGAUAAUAAGGAUAACAACAAAACCUAAAAUGAAGAAUUAGAGAAAUUAAAGAAGAUUGUGUCAUAGUAGCUCAAAGACAUAGGUGAUUUAGAAAGAUCAAAUAAAAAUAGAGAAGAAUAAAUACACGACAUUGAAAACGAAAAUGAAACCUUGAAGAGAAGAAACAGAGAAUUACAACAUAGAAUAUAACUAAUUGAAGUUAAUCCUUUACCCUCACCCUAAUAAACAUAGAUGAUAUAUAAUUAAUCAUAAUACCCAAGUUUUGCUUAAGUCCCUCAAUAUGCUCAAUAGAUAUAAGAAUAAUAUGAUACUAAACCUAAAUAAAACAUUGUUAUUUAAUCUGAAAAUGAACCUUAAAAUUAAAAUUCAACUUAGGCGUAAAAGUAGAGUAUGUAAUAGAUUACAGAGGAAAAUAGAUCCUUGAUUCAAAAAAAUAAAAAACUCAACAAGAAAUUAAAGGAAGCUAAUGAUAAAAUUUUAGAGCUUUCAAUGAAAAAUACCCUUUUAGAAAAGUAAUUAUAAAGGCAGUAUUCUGUCCCUUCUGUGGCAUAUCAAGGAUAAUAAGGAAAUUAUACUCACUCUCAAUCUCCCCUCAGAUAUCCUUAUGAAGACUAUGAAUAGAGAGAUACUAGACAAUUUUAGCAGACUCAUACUGAUACAAGGUUGGAUCGAUUUGAUAAAUAGGAUAGAUAUGCUUAACCCAAUUAAGAUAAAUAUCAAUAAAGAAAAAUAUCAGGAACAAAUUAAUAAUCUAAAUAGGGCUAUUCAAAUGGGAUUCAUGAGGAUGAUUUGCUCAAUAAAGUGAUGAUGCUAACUAAUAAUAAUACUAAUUAGACUCAAUAUUGGUGA